AUGGGUCUAGGAGUAAAGGCGAAGAACCGCAGGGGCCCCACGGUUCAAAUUGAUUAUCUCAUCCAUAUUCAUGAGAUUAAGCCUUGGCCCCCAUCACAGUCACUCAGAUCACUCCGUUCCGUGUUGAUUCAAUGGGAAAAUGGCGACCGCAAUUCUGGGUCUACCAACCCUGUUGUCCCCUCACUUGGGUCUGUUGUUGGUGAGGGGAAAAUCGAAUUCAACCACUCUUUCAGGUUACCUGUGACUCUGCUAAGGGACAUGUCUGUUAAAGGUGGUGGUGAUGGUGAUGCAUUUCAAAAGAAUUGCUUAGAGUUCCACUUGUAUGAGCCUCGGAGGGACAAGACGAAAGGUCAGUUGUUGGCGACUGCCAUUGUAGAUUUGGCUGACCAUGGCGUUGUGAAAGAGACAAUAAGCGUGAGCGCUCCAAUGAACAGUAAGAGGAGCUUUAGGAACACUGAUCAACCAGUUCUGUUUAUCAAAAUUCAGCCUUUUGUGAAGGGUCGUACUAGCUCCUCAUCUGGGGACAGCUUGUCGAGAGGGGCAUCACUGGACAAAGCCGGUGGUGAAUCUGUUUCGGGCUUGACGAAUGAAGAAUAUGUUGAGGAAGCCGAAGUUGCCUCUUUUACGGAUGAUGAUGUUUCCUCACACUCAUCUCAGACAAUUUCUUCUGCUUUAGAUACAAAUCGCACUUUGUCUCCUAAAAAACAAGAGACUGGAGAAGAGACACGGCCUCAUAGCACUGAAGGUAAAAAUGAAAAGCAUGCCUUAGCCUCAAAACUAGGGCUUGAAAGACCAAAUUUAAUACAUGAAUUUAUGAAGGGAGGUUCAUCGUGCUCAUCAUCAGUCGACCUAUCUUCUGACCCUGGAAGCCCAGUAAAUGGUAAUGCUUCUGUAGCUAACUCUUCCAGCUCAAGUUCAACAAUCCUAAAAGCUGUUGGUUCAGAGACUGCCCCUUCUCCAUCUGCAUCCGUAUUGAAUGAAAAGGCUGAGGAGUCCCGCACCAGCAUGAGAAGCAAUGGCCAUGAGCGUUUAUCUCACGAGGUUAAUGACAAGGUUUUUGAUGGUGGAAGUAAAAUCACAGCUGUUAUUCAACAGAUUACCAAGUAUGAUGAGAAAGCUUGGGGAAUUGGCAGGGAUUGCCUGGAGGCUACAGUUAGUGAUGAUAGUUCUACAGAGGACAGCGAAAGAAAGAAACAAGAAAACAGAGAUGAAAGACAACAUGUUGAUGAGGAAAAGCAAGCUCAGAGGGAAGGUGAAUCAUUCAUUGCACAUGAGGCUAACGGAAAGCAAGAUCCACUCGGAACGAAGGAAAAUAUAAAGCAUGUUAAGUCCGUUAGGUCAGCUAUUGACUCGGCUAAGAACGCAUUACACAGGAAUGAUCAGAAUGCAGAAGUAAAGGAAUCUGGUAUUCAGGGAGAUGCACAGAAAAGUGCAGGUGUUGCAGUAAGCUUCAGAGGGAAGGAAAGAAAAGAUGCUAAGGUGUAUCCUAGGGAUACAAGAAGUGUCAUUUUAGAAAGCAAAAUUCAUCAGCUGGAACACAGGAUAAAGUUGCUUGAGGGAGAAUUGAGAGAAGCUGCAGCUGUCGAGGCUGCCCUUUAUUCAGUAGUCGCUGAGCAUGGAAGUUCUAUGAGUAAGGUCCAUGCUCCGGCUCGGCGCCUUUCUAGGUUGUAUCUUCAUGCUUGCAAAGAAAGUUCCCGUUCUAGGAGGGCCAGUGCAGCUAGAAGUAUUAUUUCAGGACUAGUUUUGGUUACAAAAGCGUGUGGGAAUGAUGUCCCAAGGCUAACAUAUUGGCUGUCAAAUUCCAUUGUGUUGAGAACAAUAAUAAGCCAGGUUACCGGGGAACCAGAACUACUUCUGUCUCCAGGGUCUUCUAUUGACCGGAAUGGUGCUGGAAAAGUAAAAAAUAAUGUGUCAUCUCCAAUAAAAUGGAAGGCUCCCUCUUCUGGGAAGAAAGAAGGAAUGAAGCUCUUAAAUGGAAGUUUCGGUGACUGCGAUAACCCACAUACAUUUAUGUCUACAGUGGAGAAGAUUGAAUCGUGGAUCUUCUCCCGAAUAGUUGAAUCUAUCUGGUGGCAGACUUUGACCCCACAUAUGCAGUCUGUUGCUGCAAAGGAACUUAAUGAAGAAGGUGUUGACUCUGGGUCGAGGAAAAACUAUAGGACAUCUAGUUCAAUUGAUCAAGAACAAAGUAACUUUUCAUUAGACCUCUGGAAGAAGGCUUUCAGGGAUGCUUGUGAAAGACUCUGUCCAGUACGAGCUGGGGGACAUGAAUGUGGCUGCUUGCCUUUGUUGGGUAGAUUGGUAAUGGAGCAAUCUGUGGCUAGACUAGAUGUGGCAAUGUUCAAUGCUAUUCUUCGUGAAUCUUCUGAUGAGAUCCCCACCGAUCCUGUGUCUGACCCCAUCAGUGAUUUGAAGGUUCUCCCGAUUCCAGCUGGGAAAUCAAGUUUUGGAGCUGGCGCACAACUGAAGAGUGCGAUUGGGAACUGGUCCAGAUGGCUAACUGACCUAUUUGGUAUGGAUGAUGAUGAUGAUUCACUUGAAGAUGUGAAUGACGAUUAUGACAAUGAUGAGAGGCAAGAUAAAUCAUUCAAGUCUUUCCAUCUCCUCAAUGCGUUGAGCGAUCUCAUGAUGCUUCCAAAGGACUUGCUCUUAAGUAAAUCCAUCAGAAAAGAGGUUUGCCCUGCAUUUGCUGCACCACUGAUCAAAAGGAUUCUCGACACUUUUAUCCCAGACGAAUUUUGCACUGACCCAAUUCCUGGCGUUGUGCUUGAAGCCCUGGAAUCCGAGGACACUCUUGAGGUCGGGGAGGAGGCUGUCACAAACGUCCCCUGCACUGGAGCUGGUACAGUCUAUUUGCCACCCUCAACGAAUUCCGUUGCGAGUAUUAUUGGAGAGGUUGGAGGCCAAUCACAGCUGAGAAGAAGUGGGUCUUCAGUGCUCAGAAAAGCAUACACCAGUGAUGAUGAGCUUGAUGAAUUGAAUUCACCCUUGGCCUCAAUAUUCAUAGAUUAUUCCCGGUCUUCACCAGUUGCAACAAAGCUCAGCUGGGUAUCAAAGGGAAAUAGCCAACAAAAUGCCAUCAGAUACGAACUCCUUCGAGAUGUGUGGAUGAAUAGCGAGUAG